AAUCAUAUUCAUGUAAUCAUGUGUAUAGAGUAAUCAACGUUGAUCGAUUGAAAACAUUAUAGGUCCAUUUAUUAUGUUUGUUUUGUUCAAUCGUAUAAAGACUGAACAUAUAGAUAGCCAUGUCACUGUUUAAACUGAAUUCCAGACUAAUAUUUUUCAAACUACGAUCACCAGGUGAGUGUGAGAGGAACACCUUGGCAGCGCGAUCAUACGCAAACGAUGCGAGAAAAACUAGAUUGCACGAGUUUCACGUCCGUCAUGGAGGUAAAAUGGUACCGUUCGCCGGCUAUAUGAUGGCAGUCAAAUAUGCCGAUAGCAUAGCAUCCUCGCAUCUGCAUACACGUCGGCAGUGUUCUUUAUUCGACGUGUCACAUAUGUUGCAGACGAAAAUUCAUGGCAAACAUAGAGAGCAGUUCAUGGAACGGAUUUGCGUUACGGACGUACAGAAUUUGGGGACGGGGAAAAGUGCACUGAGUUUGUUCAUAGACGACCAGACUGGUGGUAUACUGGACGAUUUGAUCAUAACGAAAACCGAUGGAAACUAUUUGUACAUGGUGACUAAUGCUGGUUGCAAGGAACAGGACAUGCGAAUGUUAACCGAAGAAUUGUCCGCUUUCAAAUCGAGCGGUCAAGACGUGAGCUUGGAGUUUUUGGACAGCGAUGAGCAGUCGCUGUUGGCCUUGCAAGGACCCCGUUCCGCGGACGUGCUUCAGUCAGUUGUAGACAAAUCCACCGAUCUAUCGAAGCUAUACUUCAUGGACUCCAUUACAGCUACGGUCUGCGGCGUGCCGGACUGCCGAGUCAACCGGUGCGGUUACACCGGCGAAGACGGUUUCGAAAUAUCCGUGCCCUCCGAUCGGGUCGAAGCUAUUGCUGAGUCGUUGGUCGCCCACGACGACGUGAAAUUGGCCGGGCUGGGCGCCAGGGACACUCUGAGAUUGGAAGCCGGUAUGUGUUUGCACGGAGCAGAUAUAAGUAUUGAAACGACGCCGGUCGAAGCUGCGUUGAUGUGGACCAUAAGUCGUAAGAGAAGAGACGAACGACGGUUUCCCGGCGCUUCUGUGAUUUUGAAACAACUGAGCGACGGUGCGCAACGUAAGAGAGUCGGCCUCGUUCAAAAAGCUCACGGUGCUCCGGUCAGGGGCGGAGCAGUCUUAUUUAACGUAGUGGACGGUGAAAAAAUCGGUUCAGUGACUAGCGGAUGCCCGUCCCCGACAUUAUCCCAGAACAUAGCCAUGGGCUAUGUAGACAGUAAAUUUGCCAAAAACGGAACUGAGAUACAAGCGGAGGUCCGAGGACAGAAGAUACCUAUGGUCGUCACGAAAAUGCCAUUUGUGAAAUCAAACUAUUAUUCAAAACCCAAAUAAUAAACAGUUUAAUAUUUGAUUUAUAAUAAUAUAUUCGAUCAUUAUCUAUCACAGUGGAUUACGUUGACGUUGAAAUUGAAGAAAUAUU